UGCAUGGGCCCAAAAUCGAAUCUGUCGCCGCCGAUUCAAGUUUGGGUGUGCACACACAGUUUCCCGCGCGCGCGACCGUCGUGGCCGACCGGGCAGGACGCCGGCGUCACCCGCUCCUGACGCCGCUCGCUGCCAAAGCCGAUGCACAAUCUUUUUGCCUCUCCACGACGCUAGCCGCCAAUGCGUGGAGGCAGAGAGUGGCUCGCUCCGUCUGCCAAUCCUCCCCCAAAGCGGAAGGUGGCAGACCCUUCUUUUUCACCGCGCUCCUUUUUCUUUUUCCCUUCAGGGCUCGACCACCUCGCCCUCCGCCUCUUGGAGAGAGGUCCUUCCCCCUCCCUUGACCGAGUCCGCGCCAGCUAGACUUCCAUUCCUCACCAAGCCUCCUCCCGGAGCCUCCGUUCUCCACUUGGAUCUUCGCAUAACCUCGCGGCCUUCAGAGCUAGCUACAGCCCGGGCUGUUUUCUCGUCCCCCGUCCCCGGCCAGACCGCUCGUCAUGCCGGAGGAGCCGGCCGCGUGAUCCAGCUGCUGGGAGCUCCCGCGCGCGACGCCCCCCGUCUUCCUCUUCUCCGGCCUUGCUUCGCCCCUCUUCCGUCACGGCUAGUUGCACAUGGCUGACCCGAACAACAACAGGCGUCGACCCAAUCUCCUCACCGGGGGCUGCAGCGCAGGCAAACAAUACUUGGCUAGUAAAACGGCCCCGUCCAUUUUCAGUGUCGAGGUGGCCGUGCGUCAUGAGAAGCAGAACAACUUGAAAGCUAUGAGGAAAUACGUGGCGUUGACAGACAAGGCAACAGAUGUGAUGGAUACGGGGGUGCCAACAGAUGAACUUACUAUUAAGAGACGACAACAGACUGGAUUUGUCGUUCACAGUAGCGACACACAGUUGUUUAUCCUGACUACAGCCCAUGCAGUUGAUUGUGUGUUCAAAAAAGGGGUGCACCAAGUCACUGCUGAAGAGCUCAACUUGGUCUUCCUGUUUGGUGUGGCCUGUACUCAUCACGAGGCGCAGAUUCAGGCAGAUUACCCUGAUGGGAAUGUAUCUGAGCUGUUGAGAUCAUAUUGCGAUGCGCAUGUGGUAGCCCUUGACAUUGAGAAGGAUCUUCUUCUUCUUGCAGUAACAAAGGACGAGCUGUGCUUGCAAGACGUAGAUGUUGGUGGGGUGUUUGUCCCAUGUUCCAGUGAUCAUCCUAUCAUUCACCUGGCCGAUUUGCCUCCUGAGCAGAGUGAUCUAUCCCUUUUGCAAGGUUGGCCGCCUCUCCGCGCCAAUUCUUCGAUUUGGGGUUCCGUAAGCUAUCUAGAGAGACCUUACGAUGUUCUCACAAGUUGCAAUACCAAAGGUUACACUAUGAAACUUACGGAGUUUCAUGAAUUUGACUGUGCCAACGGGUUUUCUGGAGGGCCGGUUAUAAAUGGUGAUGGUCAAUGUAUGGCGGUAUUUCACGCAGUGAUGGUGGAUGCUAAAUGUGGGUAUGCAAUUUGUUUGGAGGAUGUCAGAGAGUUUCUUACCAAUGCAUUGGAAAACCUGCAGCUUCUUGAGGACAAUGAGGAUGGAGAUGGUGGGCAUGCAUGACGAUGGGUAGGAUGCCACAGUUGAGUAGAUGCCUCAUUUUGUCUGUUUAAGUAAAGUUCUUACUAAAUUAUUAUCUGCAUAUAUACUUAUUCAAGCAUAUUGCGCUCUAACAAGCGGUUUCACUUUUCAGGUCUUGGAAGAAUACUUACUAGCCAAGAAUUAACCCUUUAAAUUAAGUUUUGCGAUAUCUUAGACCACAGUGGCAAGUAAAGUACCAGUCAAUGACCUACCUUUGGAUUUUUGUAAGCCUUAUUUAGCAGAGAGCUAGACUAUUCUCUUUACUCUUUAAUUGACUACUACUCUCUCCUUA